AUGAAACUGGACCUUCAUGUCCAUGAUUUCCUGUGCGUGCACACGAUCCAUCACAGCCUGGAGCAGAUACUGCCAGAACCAUCAUUUACACUUGAGAUAAACGAACUGAGGAGAGGGGGUUUCACCAGCCUUGCAAUAAAGUCAGGAUCUGCUGUUGGUACUGCUAUUGCUUAUGCAGAUGCCUUUGAUUCAAAGCACAGACAAGAUCCCAAAGAUUCCCACGAGGCCCACAAGAAGAAGUCAAAAGAGAAGGAAAGGAGACUGGCAGUCAGUCAGUGGGACAUGGAUGUACAACCCCUCAUUUCAUCUUCUAAAUGGCUUCAACUUCAUGGGCUCAAAAGAAACAAAUUGUCCCUAUCCCAGAUUUUGUCACAGAUUGGAUUCCAGCACAGGAAAGAUUAUGUGACCACCUUGAGGAAACCUGUGGCUUCUCGGUAUGCAGAUGGUCUGUUUCUUCAAUACAAGAGAGCACAAGAUGGCAGCGUGUAUAAUCUGACAGCUAAAAAAGAACUGAUUCUUCAUUUUGUGGAUUGUCUAAUGGGAGCUAUUGAGCUAUAUAAGCAGCGAAUGGAAUGGUUAACCAGUGAGAGCCGGCAGAUAUUUGGAGUGAUUCAAGAACGGUGCAUUGUCAUUGUUUUGGAUUUUGGCACUGCGGCUCCAACUGAAUUUGAUCUAUGUCGGGAUGCACUUUCUAUGGUACUUGUGGAACAGGUGACCCAAAUUGCCAAAUUCAACCUCAUUCGGGCUGCUCAGGAUCUUAUGAAGUGGCAACAGAAAUCUACUCCUGUGUCUGAGCAUACUGUAAAGUCUGCUGUUACGUGGCUCUGGAAGCUGGACCAUAUGACAGCUGCCAGCCAUACCAGCUCUGCUGAAGCCCUGCUGGAAGCCAUGAGUGAUGAGGCGGUUGAAGCUGUUUAUUACUUUGCUGUGGGUGAUGUUCCAGUGGACACAAAGCAGCUACUCCUUGAGAAGGUUUCUGAUGGGCCCUGUCCAGUCAACACUGUAUCUUUCAAUGCUAGGGAAGAUGAAACUAUUAUUUUUCUGAAAGAGUUGAGCUGCUUGGCUUCUGGCAGAUUCCAUGCUUUUGCUGAGAAGAAUGACUACAGAGAUGCUACUGGACCUGCACUAAAAUGUGAAGAGGAUGGAAAAGGUCUAAUUGCCCUGAAUUCCAGAAAAGUGAAAGGGCGAAUGCCACUAGUAGCUGGUGUCCGUGAAGAUGUCUUUUUGAUCUGGAAGGAGUUGGAGGAAGCCAGGAAUACAGUGAGACAAGUUCAGAAAAUUUUAUCAGAAUCUGACCAGCCUGCUUCUCAAGAUGCAACAAAAGCUGAUCAUCCAUUACAAAAGCAUACAUCUGACAAAUAUUUGUCUUCUGAGAAGUGGUUGCAGAAGUAUGGCUUGAAAGCUCAGAAGCUCACACUGUACGAUGCACUUGCUGAUUGUACUUUUCGCCAUGCAGAUGGGAUUGUUGACAUAAAAACUAAACCAGAGGAUGAAUCUUCACAAACUGAUGCUGAGACAAAGAGGAAGGUAAUUCAUGCAAAAUAUUGUGAGAAGUUUGUACAUACCUUCUGGAAAGAUGGAUCUGUAGUUCAUGUAUAUGUUAGUACAGAAAAGUAUAAGCAGUAUGAAGAGAAAAUGAGGACGGCUCUUAGACAAGUGGAAGGAAGGAUUAAGUGGCUUCAACAAGGAAGCAGAGGGCUCUUUGGGAAUGUGUUUGAAGAUUGUGUCUAUAUUCUUAUUGACACAUCCCAGUCUAUGAAGGACAAGCUGCCACUGGUGAAGGAGAAAAUAUUUCAGCUCAUACAGGAACAAUUGAGACACAAAAAGAGAUUUAACUUUGUGAAAUUCAGUGCCCAAGCAGUGGCAUGGCAAGACAAACUUGCUGAAGUUAAUGAGGAAAAUUUGCAAGAUGCUUGGCUUUGGAUAAAAGGGCUUGAGGUUGGAAGUUCCACAAAUACACUCAAAGCUCUCCAGAUUGCUCUUGCCGAUACUGACACUCAGGCUAUUUACCUCUUGACUGACGGGAGACCUGACCAGCCCCCCCAAAUAAUUUUGGCUCAAGUCCAGCUUUAUCGUAAAAUACCCAUCCAUACUGUAUCCUUCAACUGUGAUGAUACAGAAGCUAAUAAAUUUUUGUAUGAACUAUCUACUGAAACAGAGGGACGGUUUCAUUAUUACAACAUUUAUUUGACUGAUCCUGAUGCUGCAGAGUUUAUUGUUAGUGAAGACAUACAUCUUUUGAAAAGAGAGAUUGAACAAGGAGAAAGAGACCUAGAGAAAGUGAAGACCUUUCACGCCGAAUGUCUGAUGAUGAAUUGUUGUAACAGAGAAAAUGAUCCAGAGAAUAACAGCAGGCCGUGCUGUGCUUCAGAGGAGCCAGCACCAACACCACAUCAGCAAACCUGGCAAACCCCUGCUGACAGUCCAGCCCGAAGGAAGAAAGCAUUAUAUGCAGAGCAAACAAAGACGAGUCUGCUGCGAAUCCUGAGCCGUAGUGUGAAAUCUAGGGAAGAAAGCCCAGAGGAAGGAGUAUCUCCCGAAAAAAAGAGUUUUUCUGUCAAAAAGAGCAUGAAAUGUACAACCAUUUUCAAAGGCAAGUUGACAGAAUAGGAGCUCUGGGUGGGCUUAGAUCUGAAAAUGCAGAAAGCUCUGAAAAGGACAUCUAAAAGUUCUCUAGAUAUCUCUUCAGCUCUUUGGUUAAAGACUCAUGGCUUGGUUGCUAGGCGACUCACCAUCAUGGAUGCCUUAGCUCCUACAGCUGUCCCUCAUGGUACCAAAUACAUCCCAGUUCUGGACAAGCAUGUAGUUUCUAAAGUAUUUGAUGAGAUGCUACCGUUGGCCCAUGUUAGCAAUGACAAGAAGCGGAUCACACUAAUUAAUCCUCAGGCAGUGAAUCUUGAUGCCUAUAAAGAGAAGCUGGAACAAGCAAUUAAAUCCUAUGAAAGGCGCCUAAACGUAGUUAUUUGGAGAGCACUAUCUCAGGAGGAAAGAGACAAAUUUAAAGAGGAUGGCCCAGUUCAAUAUAUGCAUCAUAAAGAAGCUUUGCUGCAGGCGUUAGAGAAUUUGGGAUGGCCAAUUUCCUAUGAAGAUGUAAUAUUGUUAGAAGAUGAGAUACUGGCAGCAUUAACAUAUAUACAACAAGCCUCUGAUCUUCAGGAAGCUGUCAAAAAGGAAACUGAGAAAAGCUCAGAAUCACACAUAAGCAACAAUAAAAAG